GCACUUUCUCGAACAAUCAUAAAUGUAUAUCCACAAUUAAACCCACAGACGGCACAUAUAUGCAACCAUUCACAUAAACAAGAUCAAUGAUGAUUAAGACAAGCAAAUAAUAACAUAUAGCUAGCCGUCCAGGUCGGGUUCAUCAUAUAGCACAAUAGUCAAUACGCCCCUAAUCAUGUCAUUCUAGUUCAUCUAGGUCAAUUAUAAAUAUCAAUAUUAUUAGGGUAAAUACAAUAUAUUAUCCAUAACUAUUAAGUAGCGGGGAAUUAUAGUCACAACUAUCGAAAUACAAAUUAUUAGCCAUAACUAUUGUUGUGGGUCAAGAUUUGGCUAACAGCCCGUUACUAUUUUCAAAUUUUUAACGUAGAAGGCCAUGUCAACAUCGUAAAAAAUAUGAUAUGAUGACUGCCACGUGGGAGCCAGCUCACCAUCGUAAAAGCUUAGUAAUCAUUACUAACAGAAGUGUUAACGAAAACUUAACGAUUGGCUAAUAAUUUGUAUUUCGAUAGUUGUGGCUAUAAUUCCCCGCUGCUUAAUAGUUAUGGCUAAUAUAUUGUAUUUGUUCCAAUAUCGGUUUUAUUCUUUGUUCCAUGAUUAAUAUAAAGUUAUGUUCUUACGCUCCGCUUUUGCGCUCAACCUUCUACUCAUUAUCAUCCCUAUUUACUUGUGGAAAUUUGAAUCCAACUCCAUUUUAAAAAAAAUCCAAUUAAUUCAAUCCAUAUAAAUUCAAAUCGUUUAAUUCAAAUCCAAUAGAUUGGACGAUUCAUUAAUUGUUGUAAAAUUAUAGUUUAGCAUAUAUGUAUUUUACAAUUUGGAACCUAAAGUUUGAUUUUUUACCCAAAACGAAUCCCAAAAUUUAAAAAUUGGUACCUAGAUACUUUAUAGAACGACAGUUUAGUACCAAAACUUUUCCAAAAAAACUUUAUGGAUGAUCGAAAAGUUAGAUGUCACUUGGACGAUGUAAAUAUCCACGAUAUUCUGAUACAUAAAUGCAUGAAUCUAUUUAAUCUGAUCACGAACCCAUAAAUCCGACCUAUUUGUAACCUCUGCUAUACUGAUUUUCAAGAUAUGCCUAAAUCUCGAGCACUUCUACUAUGCUAUAUAGCAUUGGUGCUUUAAUGUACAACUCAAAGUUGUACCAUAACAUUAAAUGUAUAAGUUUAGGGUGUACCAUAAAGCAAUUUGUACUAUUAUAUUAUGGUACAACUUUACAACUUGAAAUUGUAUCAUCACAUAAAGGUACAAGUUCAAGUUGUACCAUAAAAGAAUUUGUACAAAAAGUAUAGGUACAAUAUGAAGUUGUACCAUAACGUAAAUGUACAAUUUUACCAUAAAGACAAAAACCUAUAUCACCAAUACUAUAUAGCAUUGUAAAAUUUCUCCUAAAUCUCUCCCAUCUAAUUUUUUUUUUCUUCUUUUCUUUUCUGAAAUCAAAUUCAUGUCUCCAGUAUUCAUUCUCAUUUUCUGGGAGAUAUCGUACUAUGUCUUUUCCUAAAUACAAUUUAUGUAUAGAAAAAACGCCCAAGACCGCAUGCAUGGAAUCUACCGGCCGAGUUACGUGGAUCCACAAUGCAUAAUACCACAACUGAUCAAGACAGCAGAGAGCCGUAUGCUACCCUAAGAAACGAGCGACGGUGGACACUGUGAUCAUGAUUCAUGUAUAAAAAGGAGUUACGAUACAAUUAUUAUAUUAUCCACAUCAUCAUCACCAUCACAAUUAAGAGGGAGAGAAAAAGGUUUACCGUAAAAAUUAAUAUACGAUGACGAUGGUGACGACGACAAUGAUCAUUAUUAUUAUUACGGUUGUUGUCAUGGCACGGCGGCCGUUAAUCAGUGACGCGAAGAUCAUUAACAUCACCAACAAGAUGGGCAGCAAGAAGACGCUGAUGAUAGUCCACUGUAAAUCCGUAGACGACGACCUCGGGGCCCUCGCCGUGAACUCCGGCGAGGUCUACCACUGGGAGUUCGAGGACAGCACCCUUUUCCGGCCGGCGGUUUUUUGGUGCAACCUCGCGUUGGAAGACGGCCGUCUUUCCUUUGUGGCGUACGUUGAACGAGAAGGCGGCCGUGGAUACGCAGUGAUGGGAUACGAUGUCAACGAAACUGGGCUUUAUGGGCCUGACAUGCAAGAUAUGUCGAGGACAUAUGAUUUGCUUCAUCCAUGGAAGCGGAUUUAGCUCUCCCUUGAAAAUGCGUCUUUUUUUGUGAUUGUUCUUCGUGAAGAAUGAUGGAUAUGGUUGUGGUGGAUGUGGUGGUGGUGAUCCGAACUCCGAAUCAAUAAAGAAAUCGUCCUUUGUGUUCCGUAUUGGUCAAGGUUGUUAUCAUUAUGAAAUCUUUAAAAACUUUAGAUAUUAAAGUGUCAAUCUAUAAAAGUUCAGGUACCAAAUUGUAAUUAUAGAAGUGUAUAUUUUUUUUAAUGGUAAAAUGUAAGACGACCGACUUUCAUUUGAAGGGUGUGUGUAAGAGAUAAAAAUUUAACAAAAUUUUUUCUACCAAUUUGAGUUAUUGGAACCAAAUAAUUUGUUCGUUACUAGGUCGGCCCAUAUAUCUCUCACUCCAUAAUUCCCCCUAAUCACCAAAUAAACUAAGAAAGAUCAU